UUAUCAAUAUCAUUAUUAAUAUCAUCAUCGUGCAACACCAACACAAAUCGAUGCACCCUCUCCAUCUCUCUUUCUUACUCUCUCUCUCUCUCUCUCUCUCUCUGUUUAUGUUUGUGUGUAUCAUAGUAGCUUCUUUCCCAAUCAGAUCACGCAACCACCCUCUAGCCGAGCAUUCCCACUCCUGCCCCCCUCCUCCUCCUGCUUUAUUAUUGCCUUGUGGUUGACGCGCGACUUUGUUGCGCAGGCCGGGCAGUGCUGGGAGGGAUGGUGACGGAGGGUGUAGGAGCAGAAUCAGGGGGGUGGGAGGAGGUUGCUGACGUUGAAGGAGGAGGCGGAGGUGGAGGAGGUGGUGGUGGAGGUGUUUUCGUUGAGGACGAAUCAUCUCUGAGGUAGGGUAAGCUAAGGUAGGGUAGGGUUUGCGAGGAAGGAAGAAAGGAAGUGAGUAAGUAAGUAAGCAAGCAAGGAAAUAAAGAAAGGAAGGAAGGAUUCGAAGGAGGGAGGUUCAGAGGGUUUGGAUUGGAGAGAUUAGGGGUGAGAGCGGGGCGUGCGCGAUGGCGCCGUUCGGUUCCACGCAGAGUGAGAAGGCGAAUGUUGAACAGAUAGUGGCAGAGUAUUACGCGAAGGCCUUGCAUAUAAUUCUGGAGGCGAGGAUACCGCAUGUGCUGGGGCAAGGGGCGGGGUAUGGGAAUAGCGGGGAGGGAAAUGACUCUUUGUAUAUGAUCGGAGGGGGAGGGGGAGGGAGGGCGUCGAAUAAGUGGUUCAAUUUGGAGUUGGAGAGCUCUAGCCAUGUGCAGGAGAGUGUGGAUGCGUGGAGAAGGGGAGUGUGCCAGGAGCCCAUGGUGGUGGACAUAUUGUUGCACCAGCCGACGGGGACGAUGGAGGUGCCGUCGUCCUCCUCGGGUAACGCGAGUCUGGAGCGACAGCGCAGUUUCAAUAAGUGGAGUGGGUCGCCGCAGCGGGUGGCGAAUUUGAGAGGGGAGUCGUGGAAUGAGGGCAACGAUGGCGACAGCUUCACGUCCGCGGGGGUUGUGUCGAGGACCUUGCUUGAGAGGUGGGUCGUGCACUAUGAGCGGACGAAGAAGGGUUCGGUCUUAGGGUUUGGGCCUGUGCUCGCGAAGCAGGCGCCUGUUGAAGGGGGUGCGUCUUUGGAUGAAGACAUCUCAAGCAUAGGUCGGAAACAAGGGGGAGGUCCUUCUACUUUUCCGUCCAAUCAUGUUCUGGAGAGUCCAGUUGUGUAUAAGAGGACUGUGAUUAUGCUGCGCUCUUUAUAUUGUUUGGUGCGUACUUUGCCAGCCUUCCGGCUAUUCAAACUUGCGAAUUUCUCGUCCCACAGCCGGAGUUUCUCUCUCUCGUACACCGUCUCCCCUGCACCUUCAGCUGUAUCUGAGCACGAUGAAGAUGCAAUGAUGAAAUGCAGUUUAACCCCAAUUGAGACUCAGUGGGGCAGAUUGUGCAUCUCCUCUAUGUACAGAAAUGCAACUGCUGUAACAGCCCUGGAAGUCACCCCUCGAAUUAUGUCGCGGAUCAUUGCCGACUAUGUCGGCAGCCCGACCACUGACCCUUUGAGAAGAUUUACUAGUGUUGGGUCAUUACCUUCUGGAGGACUUUCUGGUCGGCAGGGGGUGCAUGUUGUUACUCUACCAGGUUCUGUGCCUAGUUCUCCAUCCGGGGCAGUUGGACGACGCCACAGUUGGAGUGGGGGCAUAAACAAGGUGCAGUCGCAGCCUCCACCACUGCCAAUUUCUCCCUCCUAUAAAUCAUCAUCCCCAUCCCCUUCUCAUCCGUCUCUUGAUUUUCAAAACCUUUCUCCUAAAACCCCUCACUUUUUCCACCAUUCGUCUUCCCCGUCCGGGACACAUGCUCCCUCGAAUCUCUCACCUAGAAAUUCUCCCUUGCAAAGAGGAUUCGUUCAGCCUCCUUCCUCUCACCAUCCUCACUUGGACUCUCAACCUAUCCCUAUACAUUCUCGUCGCUCUCCUCCUUUUUCACCAUCUCCAUCCCCUUCACCACCUCAACAUGGCUAUCCUCAAAAUGAUUUCCGGUUACGAUGCAGCAGUGCCCCUGUAAGUAUUCCCCGUCCCACUAACCUUAACCGUCCCUUGACUAGCACACGAGCUGCGCCUGAUACUCACCAUCAAAGCAGAAGCCCUCUUCCACCACCUUCUCCUCAGACUCGUCCUUUGGAUCUACCUAGGGCAAUUUCUUUUAAUUCCCGUCUUCAUCCAGGAUCAGGUGGUCAUGUCUCAAAUUUUUCACUAGACAGCAAGAAUGCGGCUCGAUCAUCUACAGCUGGUGACUCGUUGCAGGGCACCCCCCAGAAUCGAUUCCGCGGACAUCAGAUCUCCUUAGAAGAGCAGAUUGAAGAACUUUCUCUGUCAGGCAUAAAACGGUCUGUUCAUAGCCCUCCAACGCUUGCACUAGGUGACGUCAGAGCCUCCAGCAAGUUUUCAAGCCCCAAUCGUGAGGACCCAGAGGAGAUGCAUUUAGAGUGCCCAUUUGCAAUUGACAACGAUGACGCGGAGGAUUAUCGGAGCAGGGUUGGGAGUCCAGGUGUGAGACCAAAGGUUCCUGAUUCGCCCGACUUCCAGGGAAGCACCCCAGGGUCCGCUGUAGGGGCCCUAGUCAGGAUUCUGAGGGGUGCAGCUCCUCUGCGCCAACAAAGCGCCCCACCUGCCUUCACAGAUCUUCCUGUUUCAAGAAUGGGCUCUGCUCCUUCAUCUCCUGUUGCAAUUACAGGCAGAGUCAAGAAUAGUCCACCCAAACCCAGCUCCCUUGGCACGCGCAAUAGCAGCUUGAAGGGACGACUAAGCCAACCUGGCAGUUUGGGAGGCAACACAGGACCAGGAUCGUCGUUUGGCACCGGAGUGGUUGGCUCUCCACCAUCAAUAGGGUUUAGACAAGCCAUUUCGAAAACCGCCGCCGAUGCUCUGGAAGAGUUGCGGGGGUACCGAGAAAUGCGCGAUUUUUUAGUGCGUCAAAGUGGGGGAAAUUCAGGGAAUGACCGGCAAGUAGUGAAUCGUGUGUAAAGAAACAGAAAAAAGGAAAAAAGAGAACAGAAAACUGAUACUCAAGGUCCAUGACCACGUUAUGGUGAUAUCAGUGUAUAGAGUAGAAGACUUAGCUGAGAAGCUGUAUUGUACAGGCAGGUUUAAGUGAGACACUUGAAAUGGUCCUAUCCAUAGUUGGCCGACCACAUACAAUUUGUUGUUGUGAAACUCUCGAGGAAGAUGAGCAUUGAUUCAUGUCUCUACAAUUGGCAGCGUAGGCUCCACUUCCCGUGUAUCUCCUCCUUCACACCUACCGUUUAAAGUCAGAGUAUCCAUUCCUCA